AACAAAAAACUCAGCUGAGCUAAGCAAAAGCAUAAAAAGCCUAAAAAUUAAGAGAAUAGCGAGUAACGCCCACUUUCUCUCUUUUUUAACUCCAAACGCUCCAUUCCAAAAGCAAAAACGACAACUUUCUGAGGCAAACGACAACGAAACGAGCCCAUCUCUCUUUCAAUCUCUAUCAUCCCUACUCCUACUACAAGCCCCAGCCCCAGCUCUACUCAAAGGCAUGCUUUUCGCCAUACCCUCUUCUUCUUCUUUUUCUGGGUUCCUGUCUCGCAGUCACACCAAAUAAAGCCGUUGACUUUUCGGUCGUGCUAUCGGUGAGACCCAGAUAAUGGACCAAUCGCUUCUCGACGACAUAAUCAAUCGCCUUCUUGAAGUCCGAGGUCGACCCGGGAAGCAGGUUCAGUUAUCCGAGUCGGAGAUCCGCCAGCUUUGUUCUUCCUCUAAAGAAAUUUUCUUACAACAGCCCAAUUUGUUGGACCUUGAAGCACCCAUCAAGAUUUGCGGUGAUAUACAUGGUCAAUACUCAGAUCUAUUGAGGCUUUUUGAGUAUGGUGGAUUACCUCCUAAAUCCAACUAUUUAUUCUUGGGGGAUUAUGUGGAUCGAGGCAAACAGAGUCUAGAAACAAUAUGCCUACUCCUUGCUUAUAAAAUAAAAUACCCUGAGAAUUUUUUCCUCUUAAGGGGAAAUCAUGAAUGUGCUUCGAUAAAUCGCAUUUAUGGAUUUUACGAUGAGUGUAAGAGAAGAUUCAAUAUAAGGAUCUGGAAAACAUUUACAGAUUGUUUUAACUGCCUACCAGUGGCAGCUUUAAUUGAUGAGAAGAUCCUCUGUAUGCAUGGUGGCCUUUCUCCAGACCUUAAUCAUUUGGAUCAAAUAAGAAGUCUGAACCGACCAACUGAUGUACCAGAUACAGGAUUGCUAUGUGAUCUUUUAUGGUCUGAUCCAAGUAAAGAUGUUCCAGGUUGGGGAAUGAAUGACAGGGGAGUUUCAUAUACUUUUGGUGCUGAUAAGGUCAAUGAGUUCCUUCAGAAGCAUGAUUUGGAUCUCAUUUGUCGUGCUCACCAGGUUGUGGAGGAUGGCUAUGAAUUCUUUGCCAACCGACAACUUGUAACUAUAUUUUCAGCACCCAACUACUGUGGAGAAUUCGACAAUGCUGGCGCAAUGAUGAGUGUAGAUGAUACAUUAAUGUGCUCCUUUCAAAUAUUAAAGCCUUCAGAUAAAAAAUCAAAAUUAAACUUUGGCAGCACAACCACAACGAAUCCCGGAAACGCUUCAACUGCAGUAAAUGUUUUUGGGAGCACAACUACAGCUAAACCUGGAAGCAGUCCAGCAGGAGUCAAGUCCUUCCUUGGUGCCAAGGUAUGAGAUUUGGGCUCUUGGCAGGUCAGAGAGGAUUUACCAUUAGCCCAUUUUGGCUUCAUGAAAUGGUCAAGGUUCAUGACAAGAGUUUGAGACCCCCCAUUAGUUUUUAAUUUUACUUGUAAUAUGUUAAAAUUGUAAAAUUGGAAAGGAAAAAUGUCUUUUUUUUUAGAAACUAAUGCAAAGCUUGUCUCCCCCUAAUAUAAAAAUUGGGCUUGAAGAUAGAAAAGGUUCUGUAAUCUUCUUCUAUUUUUCUCUUCCUUCUCUGUACACUACUACUAAUAGCUGCUUGCUACCUUUGUUGUUGCUAUGGAUUAUUGCAUAUCA